AUGAACCAGAAAGCACCUGUUUCGAUUAUCACGGAUGGUGAUUCAUCAAUGAAGUUCACCAUUGAGAAAGAGUUUCCUAAUGCACAUCAUAGGUUAUGUGCAUGGCAUUUGAUUUACAAUGCAACAUGUAAUAUUGGCAAACCCCAAUUCACCUCCAUGUUUAAAAAGUAUAUGCUAGGUGACUAUGAAAUUGAUUGGAAAGAGGCCCAGGCUGACCUCACAUCUGUGAAUGGGAAACCCAGUAUGCAGACGUGUUUUGAACAGUUAGAGAGGAGUACUGCAAAUGUUUACACCCUAUCAAUAUUUUAUAUGUUCCAACAAAUUCUUGUACGAGCUGCAUCAAUGAAGGUAAUAAAUAUGACGCAAAUUGGCUCUUAUGUGAUUUACUCUGUUGGUUUGGACCGCACGACAAAUGAGAUGUGGCGUGUAUUCUUUUGUGACAUUGAGAUGGAGUUCAAUUGUUCAUGCAUGAGAGUGGAAUCAUUUGGCAUACCAUGUGAACAUACAGUUUGUGUCUUAGUACAUAAAGAUAUAGAUGAGUUGCCAAGGUCAUUAGUCUUACCUAGGUAG